UCGAAUUUUGCCAAAUACCCUUCUCGCUCCGGCGGCGCACAGGCCGGGAUGGAGGAAGGGAUCACGGUUCCAGGUACCAGACCGCAGAGGCCUCGCGCUGAGUACCUUCCCGGCUCUGUGACACCAGCCCUAGGCCCCGCCCCCUUCGGCGGAGACAAUCGAAGCGCUGGGGGGGUUUCCAGAAACUCGCGCGCGCGAGCGCGCGAGCAGGAGGCCAGGCGCGAUGGACCCGGCCUUUCCCGGUGUCCAGGGUCAGGCCCAGCCGCCGCCACCCGAAAUGUGGCUGCUGGUUGGCUCCGAGGAGGCGCUCUAUGACUGUCCGGAUUACUACUACCUGCGCGAUUUCCCGGCCUGCGGGGCCGGGCGCAGCAAGGGCCGGACGCGGCGCGAGCGGGAACUGCACACCAACUGGCGCGUGCCCGGCGGCCACGAGCGCAGGAUCGCGCAGAAGCUCCUCAACGGCCAGCGCAAGCGUCGCCAGCGCCAGCUGCAGCCCCGGCCGCGCACACGUCUCGCCUGAGCGCUGUUGCGUGCGGGCCCGCGCGAGCGCCCUGGUAACGCUCCGGAUACCCAUACCCAAAGGACCUGAUAAAAGUAUUUUCUCUGACUCCAGCUGUAACUGUGGUCCUAAGGGGAACAGUCCAUGUUGGUUAACAGAACUUCUUUUCGACAUCGCUUAAGUUCAGUAUCUUUUCCUUACUGAUUGUUAAUUAAGUAACAUCCAAGUGGGUAUGCCUGUUUAGGGUUUUUAAUUAAAAGAGCAGCAAG